ACUUUUUGCACUUAUCAACCAAUUUUGAGACUCACGACUUCGUUAACUUAAAUUCAAUAUUGGUUGAUCUAAUUUUUUAGUAGCUCGUGUCGACAAAUGUGUUGGUUAGGAAUUAUAUUGAAUAUAUCCGAUAAUUGGAAAAAGUUAAUGGCUAAUGUGCCGAAACAGGAAAAUAUUCCCGAAUUCAGCAGUGAGCACAUUGAUAUGAUUGAACAAGCCGCAAAUCAACAUAACCGCAAUGCAGCAGAGAUAUUUUUGGAUGAAUGGAGUACUAUGGGAAGGAAAAGGCCAACAUUGGGAUUAUUGUUAGACCUUCUUGUAAAAGCUGAAUUAUUUAGAGCUGCUGACUAUGUAGCAUGUGAUAUAUUAAAACAAGAAAGACCAAAAAGACCAGAAUAUGGUCCAAUUGCUUCUGUUGAUAUAAGCGACGAAACUAUAAAUAAGAUAUUAGAGGAACAAAUACUUCCAAAAGAUACAUUUGAUGAUUCAUUGGUAUUAGAAUCUUCGUUGAAACUAGACGUUAAUAAAAUGUAUUUUGAUGACAAGACGUUUGAUGACUUAGAAGAAGCUGCCUAUAAAAAUUCACCAGAAGCUACCAAUGAUGCUUUAAAUUGCGAGAAAUCUAUGAAUACUGCCAGUGGAAUUGUGUCAGACUUAAUGAAAUUCAGUAUAACAGAUUCCUUUAAAGCAACAGAUCAAAGUGUGGUUCGUACUGUGGUUUCAGUAGCUGAAGAACAGUUGCCUGUUCCUAUAAUUAUCAGUGGUCCAGAAAGUCCACCAAGUAAAAGAGCACAAUAUUGCCAGGAAGUAACAUCUCAAGAAUUGCCUGUGUUUCUUAACAGUCCUGCACAAUCUACAGUGCCUGACGAGGAAGUGUUUUCUGAACAUCUGCCAGUAUUUCUCAACAAUUCUGUGCAAUCAACGGCACUUAAUGAGGAAGAAUCUUCUGAAUAUUUGCCAGUAUUCCUUAACAAUUCUGUGAGAUCUACAUUUUCCUGCAAUGAAGAAAUGCCUUCUGACAUUCCACUUUGCUUAAAACCAUGAUAAUGGUUUCAUUGUUAUUUAAUCUUAUAAUAAUUUAUAGCGCUAAUAUAGGAAAUAAAAAAAAAAAACAAUUUAUAAAUAACG